ACUGAACCCGUCCAGCUCACCAGUGUACGUUUGCCUUUCACCAUGAAGACUGUUACGAACUGUUCGGAGCCAAUCGAUUCGGAGAACUCGAUCGUCAUUUCGGGUAUAUCGGGAAAAUAUCCACGGUCGGACAAUGUCCAGGAGUUUGCCAACAACCUUUACAGCAAGGUUGAUCUUGUCGAUGACAAGGAAGAACGCUGGCGCCAUACCCAUCCCGACAUACCGAAGCGGCUCGGCAAGCUGAACCAUCUUGAGAAGUUCGAUGCAGAUUUUUUUGGCUAUAGUCCCAAGGAGGCGCACACGAUGGAUCCCCAGCAUCGGUUACUGCUGGAGCACUGCUAUGAGGCUGUGAUGGAUGCGGGGCUUCAUCUCGAUGAUUUGCGGGGAUCGAAAACGGGUGUGUUCAUUGGGAUUUCCAUGUCGGAAACGGAAACCUACUGGACGUACAAGAAAACUCAGAUGCCUUACCGGAGAGUAAUGCUGGGCUUUACAAGGAGUAUGACUGCACUGAAGAUUGCAUACGCCUUGGAUCUGAAGGGACCCGCUAUGACGGUGGAUACAGCGUGCAGCAGCUCCAUGUACGCUCUCGAUUGGGCCUGCAAAGCCAUCCGUCAAGGGCAGUGUGAUGCCGCCAUUGUAGCCGGAACCAAUCUGACACUGCAUCCGUACAUUACGCUUCAGUUCGCACUGCUUGGUGUGCUGGCAGCCGAUGGGUACUGUCGACCGUUCGAUAAGAAUGCGUCCGGAUAUUCCCGUUCGGAGGCCAACGCAGUGAUCUUACUCCAGAAGGCCAAGGAUGCAAAGCGUAUCUACGCUCACGUGGUCAAUACGAAAACCAACUGCGAUGGGUACAAGCUCGAGGGCAUCACUUUCCCUUCGAACAAGAUCCAGAAGCAGCUGCUCGAUGAGCUCUACUCCGAGGUGCCCUAUGAUCCGAAAGACAUCAGCUACGUGGAAGCGCACAGCACCGGCACCGUAGUCGGUGAUCCGGAGGAGUGUGACGCGAUCGAUAAAGUGUUCUGUCCAAACAGAACUAGCCCACUGCUGGUCGGUUCGGUCAAGUCUAAUAUUGGCCAUUCGGAACCGGCUGCUGGACUUUGCUCCCUUACCAAAUGCAUCAUUGCGAUGCAAACGGGCCUCAUCCCGCCUAACAUUCACUACACCGAACCGCGCAAAGACGUACCGUCGCUGCUGAACGGCCACCUCAAGGUAGUUGAUGAAGCAACGCCACUCGGUGGUCCGCUAGUGGCGGUCAAUUCGUUCGGCUUCGGAGGUGCCAAUGCACACGCACUGCUGCACGCUCACACCAGAAAGAAGGAUCACAAUAUUCGCCCACAUGGUGAUCUUCCUCGGCUGGUCGUUUGGAGUGGACGUACGAUCGAGGCGGUAGAUCAGUUUCUCGAAGGUAUCGCCAAACAUAGCUUCGACCCAGAGCUGUACGCCUUAACGCAUAACAUCCAGCGGAAGGAGCUUGCCAAAAUGACCAGCCGUGGGUAUGCUGUGCUCGCACGUGGCGGCGAUGGUUCUACUACGAUUCUUCAAAAGAACAUCUCCAAAGCGAACAAAACGCUACCCCCGUUUGCGAUCGUUUUCGGACAGAUGGAUUAUGAAUGGCAAGCGACGCUGCAGGCGUUUAAGAAGUUUCCACUGUUCAAGGCGUCGGUCGAACAAUGUCUUGCUCUACUGAAGGAGCCCGAGUACGAUUGCAUCUUUAGCAAGGAUAAUUACGCUACAAUACUGCAGCGUGCCGUCUGGACGCUGAUCAUACAGAUCGGUGUGUACCAGAUGCUGAAGUCGAUCGGCGUUAAGGUGGACCAGUACGGUGGGUACUCGAUCGGGCAGAUCACUUGUGCGUACAUCGACGGUGUGCUGUCGCUUGCCGAUGCCAUCCGUGUAGCAUUUACGCAUGGUGUGUUGCUCAGUUCGUAUCAAAACCCGGAGACGGUUAACUAUCGCGACAUUAUUACAAACAAGGAGCUUAACAGCAAGCUCACCUCCAUACUGGAAUCGUUUCUCUUUGCCAAAGCGACGGAUAGGUGGAAGACAGCCACAUCGGUACUGUCGUUCCGCAUCUACGAUCCUAAAAGUGCCACACAGAUGUUCAACAGGAUCGACAGUAAUGCGAUUGUGUUGCAGCCACUUCCUUCUAUUCAAUCUACCGAUAGUCUUGUGAACAGCUUCCUAGCUUCCAUUGGACGUGCCUUCAUCCAUGGGCAACACUGUCAGCUGUUGGAUCUAUACCCGAAGGUAACGUUCCCGGUGUCACUGGAAACUCCAAUGAUCGGUCCGCUUAUUCGCUGGAAUCACUCCGUCGACUGGCAUGUGGCGAAUUUUCAAACGAAAAAGAUGGUUGAUCAAGGCUCCAAUAAGCACAGUGUGACGCUCGCCGAGCAGGAGUACAUUGCCGGGCAUUGUAUCGAUGGGAGGGUGCUGAUCCCUGCCACUGAGUAUCUGUACCUGGUGUGGGAUUCCUUCACGAGCAAAACCGGAACCAUCCCGAAUGAAGUGGCCGUACAGUUUACGGAGGUUGAAUUUCUACGCGCGACUACCAUUGCCCCUGGACAGGUGAUUACACUGUUCGUUGAGAUUAAUGACAUCAGUGGACACUUUGAAGUGUCCGAAGGCUCAACGCUGGUCGUUAAGGGUUGCAUUCAACGGCUGGACCACUUCCAGCGGCAACCGAUUGAGCAACGCAACCAACCAGCCAUUACACUGCCGACUCAAGACUUUUACAAGGAGCUACGACUAAGGGGGUACCACUAUGGAGGAUUCUUUAAGUCCGUCAUGGAGUCGGCUGCCGAUGGAUCGCACGCUAAAAUUGAAUGGAAAGGAAACUGGACGGCUUUGUUGGACUGUAUGCUUCAAGUGGCGAUCAUUGCAGUAGAUACUCGUUCACUCAUGAUUCCUACCCGUAUUGAGUCGAUCAAAAUUGAUCCUGUACGGCAAAAAAUGUCGCAGCAAGUAAACGAACAGGGUGUCCCGCACUAUGGUGUGUGCUUUGAUCCGGAUCUGAAUCUGUUGCAAAGCAGCGGCAUUGAGAUUCGUGGCCUUAAUGCAAGUACCAUCGCUAGACGCCUGCCACCCGGUGUGCCUGUGCUUGAGAGCUACAAGUUCCAUCCCUACUUUUCACAACAACUUUUACAACCUGCUCAAGCAGCUUCUAUCGUUUUGCAAACGAUCCUCGAUAAUCAGACGACUUUGGUAUGUAGUGUUACGGAGAUUCACUCCAAAACUAGGGAUCCGAUCAUUUCCCUCUUCGGAGAUGCUAUUGGUGACCUGCCGUUGGUGAAGGCACACCUUACACUGCUCUCCACUGCAAAGCCUGAGCCCAUUCCUAAUGUCACGAUCUCCGAGGAUAAGCUCAUGAAGCAAAGAAAUGUGCUCCUGCUCAUCUGUGAGAACCUCUUCGCUGAUGAUGAGUUCAUUUCUGACGCUAUCAACUGCCUUUCCGAUCAAGGCUUCAUACUGCUGCGCGAGUCUCCAGAAUACCGUCUUCAAGACGGCCAUCGACGACUUCAACUUGUGAGUACAAUGUCGAUCGAAGGUGAGACUUUCCUGCUGCUGCAGCAAAAGAAGUCCGCCAUGAACACUUCAGUCGAUGCUCACGUCAUCAAGGUAUGCUCCAAUGAUACCACACACAAUUGGCUGCUGGAGUUGAAGCAGGAAGUCAAGACCAAGCCAAUUAUUCUCUACGCUCAGAAUGAUCCUUCGUCGGGCAUCAUUGGACUGGUGAACUGCAUUCGAAAAGAGCCCAACAUUCAAACCGUUUCCUGUUUCUUCAUUGAUGAUCCCAGCGCUCCUGCGUUCGAUGCAUCCAACCCGUUCUACAAAGAACAGAUUGAGCUUGGACUUGCAAUCAACGUUUAUCGCAAAGGCCAAUGGGGAUCUUAUCGCCAUUUCAAGCUGCAGGAAGAGCCGCGUUACGAGCCCUCUACCAAACAUUGCUUUGCCAAUUGUGUCAAGCCUGGUGAUCUUUCUUCAUUUACAUGGAUGGUUGGUCCACUGAACGAGCAGUCGCCCUCUAGUCCGCUGGCCAGAGUUGUGUACAGUUCUUUGAACUUCAAAGACGUUAUGCUUGCUACCGGCAGGCUUACAGUGGAGACUUCUUUCACUAACAGAUUGCAACAAGAGUGCGUGCUCGGUUUUGAAUAUUCUGGAGUCACCACCACCGGUAAGCGGGUCAUGGGCAUGAUACCUGCUGGAUCGAUGGCCACGAUGAUUGAAACUGAUCGACAUUUCACACUGGACGUUCCCGAUCACAUUUCUUUGGAACAAGCGGCCACUAUUCCCACAGUCUAUGCUACGGUGUACGCCUCAUUCUUCAUUUGCUCUCACAUCCGUAAGGGAAACUCUAUUCUCAUACACGCUGGUACGGGAGGUGUUGGUUUGGCCGCCAUUCGUGUUUGUCUAGCUUACGGACUGGAGGUCUUCACUACCGUCAGUACCAAGGAGAAGCGUGACUUCCUGCUGAGCUACUUCCCCGACCUUAACCCCAACAAUAUCGGAAACUCCAGAGACAUCUCCUUUGAAACGCUCAUCAAAGAGCGUACCAAUGGACGCGGUGUCGACUUUGUCCUCAACUCUUUGUCCGAGGAAAAGCUGCAAGCUUCUAUCCGUUGUCUGGCCAGAGGAGGACACUUCCUCGAGAUUGGAAAGUAUGACAUGAUGAAGGACUCCAAGCUAGCAAUGACGUUCUUCCAGAGAGGAAUCACUUUCUCUGCUGUGCUGGUUGAUCUACUGUUCCAAGAAAAACGCGAUCUCUUGUUGGAAUUACACAAGCUCAUCAUGAAGGAUCUGGCGAAGGGUAUCAUACUACCGCUACCUACUACCGUCUUCCAGGCUCAUGAGAUCGAGCAAGCAUUCCGUUAUCUUGCGACGGCCAAGCAUAUUGGAAAGGUUGUCCUGAAGAUUCGGGAUAACGAAGAUGAUCUUGCAUCUGUUCCGAUAUCUUACCUCCCGCGAGUCUAUUGUAAUCCCGAGCAAACCUUCGUCAUUGCUGGUGGUCUUGGUGGGUUCGGACUCGAGCUAUCCGAUUGGCUUAUCAUUCGAGGCUGUCGUAAGCUACUUCUAAGCUCCAGCAGAGGAAUUACCAAACCCUACCAGCAGUACCGUAUCAACACAUGGCGUACGUAUGGAGUUCAAGUGACCAUCUCCACUGAGGACAUUUCUACCUACGACGGCUGUCGUCGUCUUCUUCAACAAGCUAUCCAAAUGGGACCCAUCGCUGGUAUCUUCAAUCUGGCCGUACAACUACGGGAUGCCAUCAUCGAAAACCAGUCCGUGGAUAAGUUUGCCGAGUGUUUGGCCCCCAAAGCCACCGCUACACAUCAUCUCGACGCUCUCAGCCGUGAGCUCUGUCCCAUGCUGAAGCAUUUCGUCGUCUUCUCCAGCGUCUCAUGUGGACGUGGAAAUGCUGGCCAAUCCAACUACGGCAUGGCCAACUCCAUCAUGGAGCGAAUCAUUGAGCAUCGUGUCGUUCAUGGGCUGCCCGGAAAGGCCAUCCAGUGGGGAGCCAUCGGUGAGGUCGGUAUCGUGGCUGACAUGCAGGAAGACAAGAUCGACAUGGAGAUCGGUGGAACGCUGCAGCAGCGCCUAUCCUCUUGCAUUCAGGUGCUGGAUCAGCUGCUGACUACCUCCGAGCCCAUUGUGGCCAGCAUGGUCGUGGCCGAGAAGCGUAGCUCUAGCGGUGGUGCUAAAAACAUCGUCGAGGCCGUCAUGAACAUCAUGAACAUUCGCGACAUGAAGUCGGUCUCGGUUGAAAGCACGCUUGCUGACAUCGGUAUGGACUCGCUGAUGGCCGUCGAAAUCAGACAAGUUCUUGAGCGUGAUUUUGACAUCAUCUUGACGCCUCAGGAUCUCCGCACACUCACCUUCUCCAAGCUGCAGAAGCUGGCCGAUGCAAAGACCGAGAGCGAGACUGCUGAGGCCACUACUCAACAGCUGCAGCUUCAAGACCUGCUAGCCAGCUUCGGUGAUGAGACCGCCAGUCAUCACACUGUCUUGCGAUUGCCCUCCAAGUGUAACGAUCUCGAGUACGAUCGUCCAGUGCUGAUCAUACCGGGUAUUGAAAGCGUUUCCAGUCCAGCCUGGACGAAGAUCGCCUCCGAGAUCAAUGCUCCCACCUUCGUGCUGCAGACCUUUGCCAAGGGAUCCGACGAACAGACUAUUCCCGGUAUUGUCGACAGCGUAUUCGACGAGAUGUUUGAGACGGUAUUUGCCAAGGCGGAACAGUUCUUGGUCAUUGGAUAUUCAUUCGGCUCACUGUUGGCGCUCGAGGUCGUGAAGCGUCUGGAGGCACGAUCACUUCGCGGAAAGCUGAUGCUCAUCGAUGGCUCGCCGCUUUACCUUCAACGCUUCGCUAGCCAUCAUUUAUCGGGCUUUGACGACGAGCAUCUACAGAUGCUUAUCCUCACACUUGUGAUCUCCUUCAUUUUUCCCACUGCUACGCAGGACGUCAUUAAACCGGUAAUGGAUCAGCCGACAUACUCGGAUAGAGUUGAGAAGCUGAUGGCAGUAGCUCACGACUCAAAUCCAUUUUCCGACCAGUACGCACGCAAAAUGAUGCGCGUGCUGUUCUACCGGCUAAAAGUAGCCAUGAACAUGAGCACAGAAGUGAAGGAAAAAAUCGAAUCACCGCUCGUGCUGGUACGAUCAGCAACGAUCGUUGAUGUUGAGGAAGAUUAUGGACUGAAUGAGUUUACCGUUGCGUCGCUGAUUGUGAAAAUAAUCGACGGCACGCAUCAAACCAUGCUCGCCAAUCCGGAGCUGAUCGAGAUAAUCAACAAGGACACCCUUUAACGGGUACCAGCUUCCGGUUAUCCCCAUGAUUUCCCCCUGAUUUACUUUACGUUGUUUUCUGCGCACAUUUGUAGUCAAAUUUUAUAGGCAAUCUUAGUCGGCAUAAAACGGAUGUGGAAAAGUAAUUCUAAUAAAUGUUUUUUUUUUAUAAAUCGAA